ACAUCACCACAUUUAUGGGAUGGUGGGAUGGAAGGAUGGAAAAUGGGAUGGAAAAUGAGAUGGAAAAUGAAUGGUAAGGUGUAUAUUCCAAAUUGGCACAGAGAGACAGCAUAAAAUGCGAAAGCUCGACAGUGCUGUGGAGCGUCAGUACGGUAGUGCAGCAAGGCCGGAGCAAGGACAAGGACAAGGACAAGGAAAUAGAACCAUACGAACCGGAGAAGAAGUUCAAACUGAGAACAUAUCAAUAUCCUGCGAAAGAAGAGAUAAGAUACAAAAAGAGGUAUCCGAGUGAUCCGUGUGAAAUGGAAAUUCAAGUACGGAGGUAUGC